AUGGGCUUUGACGAUGUGCUGGACGACAGCACCUUUUUGCAAUGUAUGGGAAGCUUUCGCCAUAUGACAGUGCAGGCCGAACAUUCCACCCAUAUUCGACACGUACUCCUUUACGAGUUCGAAUCUGGCCACCCCGCUGCUGAAGCCCAUCGAAACUUAAGUCAAGCAUUCGUCACUGAAGCCCCUUCUGAGCGGUCUGUACGCGCCUGGUUCCAGCGCUUCAAAGCCGGAAACAAGAAACUCGAGGAUGAGCCUCGCUCUGGUCGGCCGACUGCAAUGUCGUUCGACGAACUGAAGGAUCUGUCGGAGCAGCAUCCUUGUGAAAGUGUGCGGUAUUUUGCUGUCAGUCUUGGCUGUUCGCUGUCCACCGUGAGCAAUGGACUACGAUCUCUCGGAAUGGUGAAGAAGUUCGGUCUGUGGCUCCCACAUGUGUUGAGCGACGGCAACCGCCGAAGACGCCUGGACAUCUGCACUCAACUGCUCUCCAGAAGCCUCAGAUUCGACUGGCUGGACACCAUUGUCACUGGAGAUGAAAAAUGGCUCCUCUACGUCAACCACACCCACAAACGUGAAAUCCAUGAGAAGAAGGUCAUGCUGAGCGUCUGGUGGAGAGUUCACGGAAUCUACCGUUUCGAACUGCUGCCGGACAACAUGACAGUUACUGCUGAGGUCUACUGCGCUCAACUGCAAACACUAGCCGACAAGAUCCGCAAGGAACACCCGAAGCUCGACAACGUGCACGAUAACGCGCGCCCUCACAUCGCGAAGAAGACUUCCCAGAAGAUUCUGGAGCUCGGAUGGGAAGUUCUGCCGCACACACCAUGCAGCCCAGAACUGGUCCCGAGCGACUACCACCUCUUCCGAUCGUUUCAGCAUCACCUGGAAGAGAAGCGCUACGCAGCGCUAUGA